UGUUCCUUUUUUUCCCUUCAGCCCAGCGUAUUAAUUGUGAGCUACAAGGAACUAUCAAAAGCAGCUUCUCAGUUUGGACCUUAUAAGCAAGCAGAAUGGCGGCCUGAUGGCACCAUGAUAGCUGUUUCAACUGCGAAUGGAUACAUCUUAUUUUUUGAAAUCCCUCCGGCAAGAGACAAGUAUCUUUAUGAGCCAAUGUAUCCCAAAGGAAGCCCACAUAUAAAGGGAACCCCACAUUAUAAAGAAGAACAAUGUGCUCCUUCUUUAAAUGUUGAAAUGAAGAAAGUGUUGGACCUGCAAGCUUCUAUCACAAGUUUGCAGUCCACGUUAGAUGAUCUACUUGUUGCUACUGCUGAUGGAUUUCUCCACCUUGUUCACUGGGAUGGUAUGACCAAUGGAAGAAAGGCCAUCAACCUGUGUACGGUUCCUUUUUCCGUGGACUUGCAGUCUUCUCGAGCAGGUUCAUUUUUGGGAUUUGAAGAUGUUUACAUCAGGGACAUGGAGUACUGUGCCACGCUUGAUGGUUUUGCAGUUGUUUUUAAUGACGGCAGAGUUGGGUUCAUUACACCAAUGUCAAGUAGAUUCACUGCUGAGCAGCUCCAUGGUGUUUGGGCACAAGAUGUGGUUGAUGGAACUUGUGUAGCAGUGAAUAACAAAUACAGACUAAUGGCAUUUGGAUGUGCCAAUGGCUCUGUGCAGGUUUAUACAAUAGAUACCACCACUGGAGCCAUGCAGUUUUCUCAUAAGUUGGAGCUAACACCAAAACAAUAUCCUGAUAUUUGGAAUAAAACGGGGCCUGUUAAGCUAAUCAGAUGGUCACCUGAUAGCUGUGUUGUUAUGGUGACCUGGGAAUGUGGAGGCUUGUCCUUAUGGAGUGUUUUUGGUGCUCAGCUUAUUUGUACUUUAGGAGGUGAUUUUGCGUAUCAGUCUGAUGGUACUAAAAAGGACCCUCUAAAGAUCAGUUCUAUGGUAAGUAUGAAUGUAAAAAUCGCAGGGGGAUGCCUUUUUGUUUUUUUUAAUAGUAACCAGGAACAAGUCCUCCUGCAAGGAGAAGAUCGUUUGUAUUUGAACUGUGGGGAUGCAACACAGGCUCAGAAUCCAAGAAAUACUUCAGCAUACUCUGAACAUAAGCCUACCAGGGAAAGAGUUCCAUUUUCAGAUGGCAGUUUAGAUUCUCAGGGUUUAAGCACUUUACUAGGACACCGACAUUGGCAUGUUGUACAGAUUCAUAGUACUUAUCUAGAAAGCAACUGGCCAAUAAGGUUUUCAGCUAUUGACAAGCUUGGGCAGAAUGUAGCUGUUGUUGGCAAGUUUGGUUUUGCACAUUAUUCUUUACUCACCAAAAAAUGGAAGCUGUUUGGAAACGUUACCCAGGAGCAAAAUAUGAUGGUAACAGGUGGCUUGGCUUGGUGGAAUGACUUCAUUGUUCUUGCGUGUUAUAAUUUAAAUGAUCACCAGGAAGAGCUGAGAAUCUACCUACGAACAUCUAAUCUUGACAACGCAUUUGCGCACAUCACCAAAGUGCAAGCAAACACGUUACUACUGAGUGUCUUCCGAGAUAUUGUGAUAUUGUUCAGAGCAGAUUGUUCCAUUUGCCUUUACAGUAUCGAGAGAAGGCAUGAAGGUCUUAACCCUACUGCCAGUGUCCAGAUUCUUCAAGAAGUGUCCAUGUCUCGAUACAUACCCCACCCCUUCCUUGUAGUGUCUGUUACAUUGACAUCUGUCAGGACAGAGACUGGCAUCAGCUUGAAGAUGCCUCAGCAGGCUUGUGAAGCUGAAAGUAUUAUGCUAAACUUAGCAGGACAACUCAUUAUGUUGCAAAGGGAUCGAUCUGGUCCUCAGAUACGUGAUAAGGAUAGCAAUCCUAAUCAAAGGAAGCAUCUGCCUUUUUGUGCUCCAGUUGUACUAGCCCAGUCUGUUGAAAAUGUAUGGACUACUUGCAGGAUCAACAAACACAAACGCCACUUAUUGGAAGCUCUUUGGCUCAGCUGUGGUGGGGCAGGUAUGAAAGUCUGGCUUCCCCUCUUUCCCAGAGAUCAUCGAAAGCCGCAUUCCUUUCUGUCAAGACGGAUCAUGCUGCCUUUCCACAUCAACAUAUACCCACUGGCUGUUUUGUUUGAAGAUGCCUUGGUUCUUGGUGCUGUUAAUGACACUGUGCUCUAUGACUGUUUAUACACUCAAAGCAGUGCUAGAGAACAUUUGGAGGUUCUCUUUCCUUUCUCUAUUGUUGAGAGAACCUCUCAGAUCUACCUCCAUCACAUUUUACGCCAGCUCUUGGUUAGGAACCUUGGUGAACAAGCCUUGCUUUUGGCUCACUCCUGUGCCACGUUACCAUACUUUCCUCACGUACUAGAACUGAUGCUCCAUGAAGUGCUGGAAGAAGAAGCUACCUCGCGGGAACCCAUUCCCGACCCUCUGCUUCCCACUGUGGCAAAAUUCAUUACGGAGUUCCCCCUCUUCCUGCAGACAGUUGUUCAUUGUGCUAGGAAGACAGAGUAUGCCCUGUGGAAUUAUCUUUUUGCUGCUGUAGGAAACCCAAAGGACUUAUUUGAAGAGUGCUUAAUGGCCCAGGACUUGGACACGGCUGCCUCUUAUCUCAUUAUCCUUCAGAAUAUGGAAGUUCCAGCAGUUAGUAGGCAGCAUGCUACUCUCCUAUUUAACACUGCCUUAGAGCAGGGAAAGUGGGAUCUUUGUCGUCAUAUGAUCAGAUUCCUUAAAGCCAUUGGUUCUGGAGAAACAGAGACACCUCCAGCUACACCAACAACUCAGGAGCCUAGUUCAAGUAGUGGCUUUGAAUUCUUCAGACAUCGCAGCAUUAGUUUAUCCCAAUCAGCAGAGAAUCUCCAUAGCAAAUUUAACUUGACAAAAACACUCAGUAUGCCCUCCGGCCCAUCAGGAAAAAGGUGGAGUAAAGACAGUGACUGUGCUGAAAAUAUGUACAUUGACAUGAUGCUCUGGCGACAUGCUCGGCGCCUGCUAGAAGAAAUCAAGCUGAAAGACCUGGGUUGUUUUGCAGCACAGUUGGGCUUUGAGCUCAUUGGCUGGCUGUGCAAGGAGCGAGCCAGAGCUGCCCGUGUGGAAGACUUUGUUUUUGCUUUGAAAAAACUACACAAGGAUUUCCUCUGGCCAUUUCCAGUCAUGCCAGCUUCAUCUAUUAAUUCACCGUUCAAGACUGGAAAGUACAAGACAGCAAUGGGGGAACAGCUGCUAAAAUCUCAGUCAGCAGACACCUUUGUAAGUAUGGAAAUGGACACAGGGGUUUCAAAUACACCUCGGAGUCGUAGCUGGCUUGGCACUAUCAGCUCCUCUCAGAGAGAGAUGGACACAGCUUCAUCCCAUGGACCACACAUGCAAGAUGCAUUCCUUUCUCCUUUGCUCAGUAAAGGUGAUGAAUGCAGCAUUGGUUCAGCAACAGACCUGACUGAAACAAGUUCUAUGGUGGAUGGUGACUGGACCAUGGUGGAUGAAAACUUCUCCAGUCCAAGUCUAACACAGUCAGAGCUUGAACAUCUUUCUCUAGAACUGGCUAGUAAAGGGCCACACAAGUCACAAGUUCAGCUGAGGUACUUGCUACAUAUCUUCAUGGAAGCAGGAUGUUUGGAUUGGUGUAUUAUCAUAGGUCUUAUCCUCAGAGAAUCUUCAGUAAUCAACCAGGUUUUCAGUGUAAUGCAGUCUUCAGACAUUGAUGGAGAAAUCUGUCAGAAUAUCAAGACUGGUUUGUAUGCUGUUGACAAAUGGGCAUCUACAGAUUGCCCUGGGUACAAGCCAUUUCUAAAUGUCAUCAAACCACAGAUCCAGAAGCUAAGUGAAAUAGCAGAAGAGCAAAUACAGCCUGAAGCUUUUCAGCCUGCGAAUCCCUCUAAGGUUACAGAACAAGCAAACAUCAGAGCUGAGGAGAGCAGGACUUCGUCUAGCCAUGGCAUUAAUCCUCAGAGUGAUGCCAGCAAUAGCAGUGCUAGCAGACAUGAAGAGGACAAGUCCAAGACUGAAGAUGAGGAAUCAUUUCAAGAGGGCAGUUAUGACUGCACUGUGUCUUAAAUGGAAAAUGAACUACUUCCCAAACAUCAGGUCUGAGAGGAAGCAAACCAGCUCUAGACAUGCUUCCAUGAUUUGGAGUAGGAUUUCUUUUUUAUAUUUUAAUCUUUCAAAUUUAAAUUGGGGAUAAUAUAACUAAGAAGCAGUUUCAUCUGGUAACGUCAGAAGAAGGUAGAUUUUUUUUUUUUUUUU